AUGGCGGUCGUCUUCUCCAUCGUGAUCCUGCUCCUCAGCAUCGGGGUGCUGGUGCUGAUCCACAUCUGCGUUGUCGGGAGGGCUCUCAGGAGUCUUCGCAGCGUGGAAGCCCACGGGGGGUGUUCCUGCGGGGGCCGCGGCUUGUCGAAGGAGGACCUGGAGACGCUCCCAUGCUAUGACUUUGAAGGCGGGGAGAAGGGCGGCGGCGGCGCCGCCGCCGACGACUGCGCCAUCUGCUUGGAGACCUUCCAGGACGGCGACAGAUGCAGGUUGCUUCCCGUGUGCAGGCACAGCUUCCACGCCCAAUGCGUGGACUCGUGGCUCCUGAAGAGUUCCAUGUGCCCAAUCUGCCGGUCUAAUGUCACUGGCGGUAGCAGAAGGUUGAGUUCCAUGGAUGCGGAGGGGCAAAUCUGGGUGGAAACCAGCUCUGAGCCCGCUCUGCAAGUCUCCUCUUCCGGAUAG